AUGACGCUUUGUUGGAAAGGCACCAGAAUUAGCUGGCUGGUGCUGGUGUGCACGAUUGUGGCCAUCGGAGCCGGGCCAGUUCAGCGGCGGUCAAACGAUUCCGCACCGUUCCCGUAUGACGAUGAAGUUCGUCGGGCGCUCGAAGCGCUCGAGGAGCGCUACCGGCUAGGGAAGGCACACCAAACCCACGCGGCCUGGGCUUACGGUUCCAACUUGACGGAGUUUAAUCUGCGCAAAAAAACCGAAGCCGCCAGUCAGUUCGCCCAGCUGGCAAAGGUCAUUGUCGAAGAGGUAAGCAAGUAUUCGAUCGACCGAGUGGACGACGAGGAUUUGAAGCGACGCAUUAAGAAGCUGUCCAAGCUGGACUAUGCCGUGCUGCCGGAUGACAAGUUCCGCGACCUGCUCGCAUCGAUCGCCAGUAUGGAAUCCAACUACGCGAAAACGAAGCUCUGCACGUACGCUGAUCCAACGGAGUGUAAUCUGGCCCUCGAACCGGAGGUGACGGAAAUUUUCGCCAACCACCGCGAUGCCGAAGAGUUGAAGCAUUACUGGGUCCAAUGGUACAACCGUACGGGAGCGCCAACGCGCGCAGCAUUCCAGAGGUACGUGGAGCUAAAGAAUGAAGCUGCGCAUUUGAACGGUUUUACCUCCGCCGCCGAGGCGUGGCUGAAGGAGUACGACGAUACGUACGAGUACGAGCAGCAGGUCGACGAUGUUAUCAAACAAAUUAGACCUCUUUACGAGCAGCUUCAUGCCUACGUACGGUUCAAGCUGCGGCAAAAGUAUGGCGAUAAGGUCGUUUCGCCAACCGGGCCCAUUCCGAUGCACUUGCUGGGCAAUCUCUGGGCACAGACGUGGGACAACAUUGCCGACUUCACGACACCCUUCCCGGAGAAGAAACUACUGGACGUGUCCGACGAGAUGGUCCGCCAGGGCUACACGCAGCAGAAAAUGUUCCAAAUGGGAGACGAUUUCUUUGUGUCGCUUAACAUGACGAAGCUGCCAGAAUCAUUCUGGGAGAAAAGUAUCCUCGAGAAGCCGACCGAUGGACGGGAUUUGGUUUGUCAUGCGAGCGCCUGGGAUUUCUUCUCCGUCGACGAUGUGCGCAUCAAACAGUGCACACGAGUAAACAUGCGUGAGUUUUUCGUUGUACAUCACGAACUCGGUCACAUCCAGUACUACCUGCAGUACCAGCAUCAGCCGGUUGAGUAUCGGACCGGUGCCAACCCGGGAUUCCACGAGGCCGUUGGUGAUGUGCUGUCGCUGUCCGUAUCCACCCCGAAACACUUGCGCAAGAUUGGGCUGCUGAAGGACUACGCGGAGGAUGAAGAGGUUAAGAUCAACCAGUUCUACCGUGCCGGCGUGACGAAGCUGGUCUUCCUGCCGUUCGCGUACACGCUGGACAAGUACCGCUGGGGUGUGUUUAGGGGUGACAUCAAACCGGAAGAGUACAACUGCAAGUUCUGGGAGAUGCGCUCGAAGUAUUCUGGCAUUGAACCGCCCGUGAAGCGUUCGGAGGCAGACCUGGACGCCCCGGCAAAGUACCAUGUGUCUGCGGAUGUGGAAUACCUAAGAUACUUUGUGUCGUACGUCAUUCAGUUCCAGUUCCACCGGGCUGCCUGUGCCUUGGCGGGCGAGUACGUGAAGGGCAGCGCAGAGAAGACGCUCAACAACUGCGACAUCUACCAGAGCACGGCCGCCGGUAACAAACUGAAAGAAAUGCUUGCCAUGGGCGCCUCAAAGCCGUGGCCGGAUACGAUGGAGAUCCUUACCGGUGAACGCAAAAUGAGCGCGGAAGCUUUCCUGGAGUACUUCCAGCCGCUGCACGAUUGGCUGCAAACGGAAAACGAGCGAGUGGGAGCUCACGUUGGAUGGACCGAAUCGGACAAAUGCGGAAAAACUAUUGAUUUCAUCGCAAAAUAGAAGGAGCAGGGUGCUUCGCGUUGUUAUGCGUGUUAUGUUGUUGUGAAAUGAAGCGACAGAGAUGAUCAAACAUCAAACACAUUUUAUCAUUAUCAAAAUCAUUAUCAUUAGGCAACGUUAAUAAUGCGAAACUGAACAAUGAUUCUUACUGUU